CUGUUUGUUCUGCCCACAGGGCUGCCAUCGAGGCCUUUCUUCCUCUCCUCCUUCAAGCAUGAUGAAAGCCUGCAGGCACCUCUUUCUGGGGUGCCUCUUCCUCCCCCUACUGCUUCUUCAGCAGGGCUGUGCUCAGUUCCCGAGAGAAUGUGUCACUGUGGAGGCUUUGAGAAGUGGCAUGUGUUGCCCAGACCUCUCCCCCGUGUUUGGGCCUGGGACAGACCGGUGUGGCUGGUCAUCUGGCCGGGGCAGGUGUGAGGCAGUGACUGCAGACUCCCGACCCCACAGUGCCCGGUACCCUCAUGAUGGAACAGAUGACCGGGAGGUCUGGCCCCUACGGUUCUUCAACAGGACCUGCCGCUGCAGUGGCAAUUUCUCGGGACAUAACUGUGGGUCAUGCCGCCCUGGGUGGAGAGGGCCUGCUUGUGACCAGAAGGUUCUCAUAGUCAGGAGAAAUAUACUGGACUUAAGUGCAGAAGAAAAGAGCCGCUAUGUCCGGGCCCUAGAUAUGGCGAAGCGCACCAUUCACCCCCAGUUUGUCGUCGCCACCAGAAGAUUAGAAGAAAUCCUGGGGCCAGACGGCAACACACCACAAUUUGAGAACAUUUCCAUUUACAACUACUUUGUUUGGACUCACUAUUACUCAGUCAAGAAGACGUUCCUUGGGAGGGGGCAGGAGAGCUUUGGAGAAGUGGAUUUCUCCCAUGAAGGACCAGCUUUCCUCACCUGGCACCGGUAUCACCUACUGCAGCUGGAGAAGGACAUGCAGGAAAUGUUGCAAGAUCCCUUUUUCUCACUUCCGUACUGGAAUUUUGCGACUGGGAGGAACGUCUGUGACAUCUGCACUGAUGACAUGAUGGGAUCCCGAAGCAACUUCGAUUCCACCCUUAUAAGUCCCAACUCUGUCUUUUCUCAAUGGCGGAUAAUCUGUGAAUCCCUGGAAGAUUAUGACACCCUGGGAACACUUUGUAACAGCACUGAGGGUGGGCCAAUUAGGAGAAAUCCUGCUGGAAACGUGGCUAGACCAAUGGUGCAGCGUCUCCCGGAACCACAGGACGUGGCUCAGUGCUUGGAAGUUGGUUUAUUCGACACACCACCAUUUUACUCCAAUUCUACAAACAGCUUCCGAAACACAGUGGAAGGUUACAGCGCUCCCACCGGAAAGUACGACCCUGCCGUUCGAAGCCUUCAUAACCUGGCUCAUCUAUUUCUAAAUGGGACAGGGGGACAAACCCAUUUAUCUCCAAAUGACCCUAUUUUCAUCCUCCUGCAUACUUUCACUGAUGCUGUCUUUGAUGAAUGGCUGAGGAGAUACAAUGCUGAUAUAUCCUCCUUCCCAUUGGAAAAUGCCCCUAUUGGACACAACAGACAAUACAAUAUGGUGCCAUUCUGGCCUCCAGUUACCAGCCCAGAGAUGUUCGUUACUGCCCCUGAAAACCUGGGAUAUGCAUAUGAAGUCCAAUGGCCUACUCGGGACUUCAGUAUUUCCGAAAUUGUCACCAUCGGAGUAGUCGCUGCCUUAGUCCUGGUUGCACUGGUUUUUGUUGGUGCUUCUUGUCUGAUUCGUGCCAGAACCAGGCUGGAUGGAGCAAACCAACCCCUCCUCUCUGAUCAAUAUCAACACUAUGCUGACGAGUAUGAAAAAAUCCAGAAUCCUAAUCAAUCCAUGGUCUGA